AUGCCAGACGUCUCCCGCGCAGCAGCAGCAGCAGCAGCCUCCUCCUCCUACGCCUCGUCGAGCACGCUGCCGCCGCUGACGAGCGCGCCGCUGGCCCUGCAGCACACGCGCUUCUCAUCCUGGUUCCCCCUCUAUCGCCGACACUCACCCAAGGCCACGAUUCUGGAUCUGUCGACGCUUCAGCCCGAUUUCCUCGAAUGGCUCGAGGAAGAUGGGCUGGUGCUGCCCACGGAAAGCGGAGAUGCGCCUUCCCCGCCCUCGUCGCUGUCAGGCGAGGAGGAGGAGGAAGAAGACGACGACGACGACGAAGAAGCCGAGGCACGCAACUUCGACGGGCUCAAUGAGCGGAUCCGGAGAGUGAUCCAAGACUAUGAGGGCGCCGUAUUCCCAAAACUCGACUGGAGUGCACCCGCAGACGCGGCGUGGAUCGUGCCCGGCUCGACGCUCCGAUGCACCUCGCCGUCGGACGUGUACCUGCUCCUCAAGUCGUCUGACUUCAUCUCCAAGGACGUCGUCCAGCUCUCGGAGCUCUCCAAGAUGGCCGCUGCCGACGCUGUCGACGAGGCGAGCAAGGCGGGCGUGUCUGUGCGGCCGCACCUGAUCCUCAAGAAGUUCUUUGCGAUGCCCACCUCGCACGAGUUCCGCUGCUUUGUCCGUGGCGGCCACCUCGUCGCCAUCAGCCAGCGCGACGUGGGCACCUACUUUGACCACCUUCAGGAGCGUGGCUACCGGCGGCGCAUCGUGCUGGCCCUGCGCGACUUUUUCGACGACGUGCUCCGGCCUAUGCUCCAGCCAGCGGCGGCGCAGGGACAAGGACAAGGGCAAGGGCACGGGCAGGAGCAAGCGCAAGAGCAGCACAGCGAGGGUGCGCGAGGCUGGAGCGGAGGACAGCGACGGCCUGCGCGGCCCUUUCCCAUCGCCGACUUCAUCUUUGACGCAUACAUCACGCGCGACCUCGGCCGCGUCCUCCUCGUCGACGUCAACCCGUACCUCGACCGCACCGACGGGCUGCUCUGGACGUUUGACGAGGUCGAGCGGCGGGCGCGGCGCGCGUGGGGCGAGGUCGUCGAGUACGAGUCCGAGGCCGAGCUGCAGGAGGAGGCCAGUGCGGUGGAGCUCCUCCGACCAGCGCCAGGCAACGCGCAGAACGGCAUCGACGACGACGAAGACGAUGACGACGACGAGGAUGCGAGAAACACGUUUGUGCGAAUCUACACCGACGGCAGACCGCCGACGGUGCUUCGCGAGACGCCGUCAAACAGCAACAGCGGGACAACGACGCCGAGGUCCGAGGCCGGCGCAUCUGGUUCUGCACUAGCGACGACAACGACAGCAAGGAGGGGCGGCUCACGGGCCAUAACAACGACGACGACUGCAUACCACGGCCAGCAGCCCAUCUUGCGGGUGCUGACGUCGCGCGCGCAGGCGCACCAGGCCUUUCCGACACAUGCGCGCAACAUGGUCCCUGCCGACGUCGUGGACCUGUCCGAGGGCAAGAGCAUUGCCGAGUUUGCGAGCGAGUGGGCCGGCGCCGUCGCACGGGGUGCCGUCCCUGGUGAUGGCGAUAGUAGCGACAGCGACGAUGAUGGGGGUAGCGAGGAUGCUGACGAAGCCGAGCCGAGGCAGGACAUGCGAGGGGAGCACGAGCAGGCACACAUGCAGCCGCUCGUCGUGGGCCGAUAG